AUGGCUUCUUCUUCGUCACAAGACAAAACCAUCCAGGAGGAGAGAGAAGAGCUUAUGGUUUCACCCACUGGUGGAAUCCCAACUUCUAGAACAGCCCAUUUUCUCAAACCCACAGUAGAUUCCAUUAGAGCUGUUCCUUCUCUUUCUUUCUCCUCCAAACCCACUAUUUCUGAUUUCAAGAAAACCCAGUUCCUGUGUCGGCGAUACCCAGCUGAAAAAUGGAAGACAUGGGUGGAUCGCUUGCUUCCUCUGCACCACCAUACAUGGAAGAAAGCAGGUAUAUAUGAAGCAAUCUUGGGUUCUACUUACAACAUCCAACGACACAAUGACCUGAUUAUGAAGCUCGCAGAGAGAUGGAAUGUUGAGACCAAUACAUUUCUGUUUCCUUUUGGUGAAGCUACUGUUUCAUUGGAGGAUUUGAUGGUUUUGGGAGGGUACUCUGUUUUGGGUGACUCUGUUUCAAUCCCUCUUGAGACCAGUGAGUUGAUUGAGAUUGAACAUAGAAUGAGGAAAGCUCACAGAGAACUGAGAUUAACUGAAGCUACUAGGGGUGCCAAUCCUCAUCGAUGGAUGGAUUUUUUCAUGGAAAGUGGAACUGAACUCGAGCACGAAGCAUUUCUUGCCUUGUGGUUGUCGAGGUAUGUCCUGUUGAGCAGUAUUAAUUACAUAAGAAUGGAGGUUUUUCCUUUUGCAAUUCACCUUUCCAAAGGAACACAGUUAGCCCUUGCACCAGUUGUUCUCGCUAACCUUUACAGAGAUUUGAGCUCAUUGAAACAAUACAUGAUUGAUUCGAACAAAUUGGGAGGUUCUGUUUCAGUCUCUGAAUAUGAUGGUUCAAGGCUUGUUCUUCGUGCGCCUUUCCAAUUAGUACAGGUUUGGGCUUGGGAGAGAGGGUGA